AGUCGCGCUAAAGGCUGCAGAAAAUGAUUGCUACUUGUGAUCCUUGCCUCGAAGACAUUGAAGAUAUUGUGUCAGCACAAGAUCCAAAGCCAUUUGAUCGUCAAUUCAGCAGAAAAAGCAUCAUUCCUAAAGUGCGAAAACGCCAGUCACAAAAGAAUGUGGAGGUGGAUGAUCAUCCCCCUAGAGACAGUGUUAUUCCUGGUAUACAGAAAGUUUGGAUACGUACAUGGGGAUGUUCCCAUAAUAGUUCAGAUGGCGAAUACAUGGCUGGACAGCUAGCCGCUUACGGAUACAGUAUAACAGAAAAUGCAGCAGAAGCAGACCUCUGGCUGUUGAACAGUUGUACAGUAAAAAGCCCUGCUGAAGACCACUUUCGAAACUCAAUUAAGAAAGCACAAGAAGGAAAAAAGAAAGUUGUUCUAGCAGGAUGUGUUCCGCAAGCCCAGCCCCGACAAGACUAUCUGCAAGGCCUGAGCAUUAUUGGGGUUCAACAGAUAGAUCGUGUAGUGGAAGUUGUUGAAGAAACUAUUAAGGGUCACUCUGUGAGAUUGCUGGGACAGAAAAAGGAUAAUGGGAAACGGUUGGGGGGAGCGCGACUGGAUUUGCCAAAGAUUAGAAAGAACCCCCUGAUAGAAAUCAUUUCCAUCAAUACAGGGUGUCUGAAUGCAUGUACGUAUUGCAAAACUAAGCAUGCCCGAGGAGAAUUAGCAAGUUAUUCUAUUGAAGAAUUGGUAAACAGAGGCAAACAGUCCUUUCAAGAAGGAGUAUGCGAAAUAUGGCUGACCAGUGAAGAUACAGGGGCUUAUGGCAGAGACAUUGGCACAGAUCUCCCCACUCUCUUGUGGAAGCUAGUAGAAGUGAUCCCUGAGGGAGCGAUGCUGAGGCUCGGCAUGACAAAUCCUCCGUAUAUUUUAGAGCAUCUGGAGGAAAUGGCAAAAAUUCUCAACCAUCCAAGAGUCUACGCUUUUCUACAUGUACCAGUUCAAUCUGCUUCUGAUAGUGUAUUGAUGGACAUGAAGAGGGAAUAUUGUAUAGCUGAUUUCAAACGGGUGGUGGAUUUCCUUAAAACUAAAGUACCUGGAAUAACAAUUGCUACAGACGUCAUUUGUGGGUUUCCAGGGGAAACAGAUGAAGAUUUUCAAGAAACCAUGAAACUUGUUGAAGAGUACAGAUUUCCAAGUCUUUUUAUUAACCAGUUUUACCCACGCCCUGGGACUCCAGCUGCAAAAAUGCAUCAGGUUCCAGCUCAAAUAAAGAAACAAAGAACAAAAGAACUGUCCAAACUGUUUCAUUCAUACAAUCCAUAUGAUCACAAGAUUGGGGAGAGACAGAAAGUUCUUGUUACAGAAGAAUCAUUUGAUUCCAGGUUUUACGUUGCUCAUAAUAAAUUCUAUGAACAGAUUCUUGUGCCAAAGAACCCUGAAUUCAUGGGUAAGAUGGUAGAAGUGGACAUUUUUGAAGCAGGGAAGCAUUUUAUGAGAGGACACCCAGUAUCAGAGGCCAGAGUGUUCACCCCAUCUAUCUCAAGGCCAUUUGCCCAAGGAGAAGUUUCUGGUUUAACAGAGGAGUUCAGACAUGCACUGGAGAGUGAUUCAGAAUCAAAAGCCCGUCCAUCUGUUGAGAAGCAAAACGUACCAUUGAGCCACAGGAUGGUGAUGCAGUUGCCUUGGCAACAUGAGGGAAAACUGCUGAAGAUGCUGUCACUAAGUGUGGCUCUUCUAGCAGUUCUUAUUGCCUUUUACUAUGGAGACAUUUAAAUAGAAAACUGUGCUGAAUGGUUAUUCCAUUAAGAGAUAACAGCUUGCCUGUUGAGAACUUCCAAAUCUAAUGUUUGAUAAUCAGAAUCUGUAUAAAGCUUUCCUGCACUGGUGGAAAUUCUUUGGCUUUUUUAUUUAAAUCAAGAUUUCAACAUCUCCAUUUUUAAUUAAAAAUUGCUUCAUUUUCAUAAGCAGAUGAAGGUUUUUAGUUUGCUACUACAAUAUAUUUCUUAAACAACAGCUAAUUCCUUUUUAUGGUAUUCACCUGAAGCCUUAUUAAAAACAAUCCUUAAAGCA